AUGUCUGUCAAGCCUCCACAAAUGUCUUCACCUCUCAAAAGACCACGUCUAUCACUCCAAACAAAGGCAGCCGCUCCAAUGAAACUGAACAUCGGAUCUAUGUCACCCACAUCCUUCAAUACCUUUACCAAUGCAUGCGCCUUUUUCAUAGGAAAUUCUUCUCCUAGGCCUGCGUCGACAUGCCCACCCAAACAAACAAAUAACCUGAGCCAAGGCUUCGAGCUAAGUUCGGAUAGAUCGACCAUUCCGUGUCGGGCUCCUACCACUGCAUAUCCAGGAAACGAAGACAACUUCUCGAUUAACACUAUGGUUUCAAUGCCUAUCCAUUCUGUCAAACCUGAGAAUUCAUUUUCAACCAAUGCUCCUAAUUACAAUACCCCAAGUACACCUUCUGCGGCCCGAGAACAGUCACUGUGCCAGGAAGUGCCUUAUACGCAUCCAAGAAGCCUUCGUAGUAUCUUACGAAACUCACCACUUGUUCCAUUAGUUAGUUCUACGACCCCAGCUACGUCAAACCGCUUAUCUGUGAGGAUGCCUGAGCGAAGUCCGAAAAAAGUUAGCUACAACGACCCGCUGACUCAGACGAUCCUGACCCACAAAUAUAUCAAGUCUCACAUUGAUCUUCUUACUGACUAUUUAUCAUACCCCGCGAUCGAAUCUAAAACUGGAAUCAAUGCAAAAGGUACUACCGUUUUACACCCAGAAGAGGAGGUUGUUGUAGAUGUUUCAACAUCAGAACUAUCAGAAGAAAAUAACACAAAUACGAUGGAGGUAACUUGGGAUGAUGCUGCAACCCAAAAGCGGAAACGGUCACAAUCACUCCGAAAUUAUGAAUGGGCCAUUAAUAUUCCCGAGGUCAAGCUGGUUGAAGAAAUGCCUCUCAGGAGAACCUCAAUCUCGAGGCUGUAA